GAUAAUAAUAUUAUUAUUUUUCUAGCGCCUCUCACACCACGCCUCACCCAUCUCCUCCCGCGCCACUACCUCCUCCACUGAGAGAGAGAACAAACGCCAUGUCCUCUUCUCUUUCGUGCGCCACCUCCUUGUCGCUAGGGUUUCGCCGCUCCCCUCCUCUCCGAACCCGAACUCUCACGGCGGCCCCGUCGCUCCCGCCCCUCUCCAACCUCCGCCCUAUCUUCCACGAUUCCUGGCUUGCAGGUGCAGCAAGUUCGAGUUCGAGGCACCGAGCACAGGUUGUUUUUGCUUCAGAUUCAAGCUCUUCUGCCCCAGAAGCUUCAGGCAAAAGCAAAGCUAAUAAGAGCAAUGAGGCGGCAGAUAACGGCCCCCCGCCCCUGACCGUUUUGGCCGCGUUUGUAGUUUUCCUUCUCUUUUGUUGGAUUGUUGGGUCCAUCGUUGUGUGGCUUGUUGGUUUGAUUAUGUAUGCGCCUCGCUCUUAAAUGUAGCCUCUACUAGUGUAUUAUAGCUACUGUUUGAUUGGGUAUUUCUUUUUUCUUUUUUUGUGAUUGGCUGUAUGCCUGUAUCUGGGAUUUUGAAAAGUUGUUCCUCUAUAAUAUUAUCCAAAUGGUUCAAUCUCUGGAUGCUUGUUACUGUACU